CGACCGUGAUGCUGCAUUUCAGCCGGGAGCAGUGACCUGGCAGCUUGCGUAGCAUCAGUGCCUGCUACAGAAAGGAGCAAUCUGAAGACACAGGUGGCUCUUUCUCACAGCCCUUACCAAACUGGUAAAGGGAGGGAAGUUGCAUAAUGGAGCAAAGAAAUACAUUACUAGGAAACUUGAACCAGCCUUUGAGCAUUGAUGUAGAGGGCCACCCUGGAAAAAAUUCUCCAAUUAGUGGCAGCAACAAAAUUGUUGGCAGGAGAGAGGGAGAGAUAGAUGGAGGCGUCUUGGAGGAAGAAGAUGGUACGAACUUGAAGCAAGAGGUGGGAAAAGCUGCUGACUCCGGACAAGAACUGGAUCCCCCAAAUUCUGACCAGCAGCAGUUCUCUGUUAAGGAGACAAAUUUUGCAGAAGGCAGCCUGAAACUGAAAAUUGGGUUGCAGCCUAAGAGAACUAAGAAACCCCCCAAAAACCUGGAGAAUUAUGUUUGUCGGCCUGCUAUUAAGACAACCAUCAAGCACUCAAGGAACAAACUUCCCAGAAGUGGGAAAAGCAACGAGGGGAGAGAAGAAGAGAGUGAGCUGAAACGGGGUUCCCUGAAGUUGCACAAGAAAAGUGAGGAAAUGAAGACGGUUGAACCUUCUGUGGAGGAAAGUCGCUAUCCACAAACGGGUGGUGAUAUGAGAAACCCCCUUCCUUUGAGUUUGGAACACUCUGAAUGUAGUAAAGCUGCUGUAUGUAGCAUGGGAAACAUGCGAAAUGCUGACACAAAAGAACAAGGACGAAUGAAUGGCGAAGCAUCUUUGGUUGAGAAAUCAGCAAUGCUGAAAAGUACCUGUCCUGCAUCAAAGUCUUCCAGAACUAAGUUUAGGAAGCAAGGAGCUGGCACUGGAAUGGUGAUGAACAGAGAUUUGGGUCAGCUGAAAGCUAGCCUUGCUGCCAGCUCAGUUAAGGAGCACUUGAGCACUCCAAACUAUGUAGAUUACAAGGGUGUGAAUUUAACUGAGCAGGAGGCUCCACAGUGUACAAAGGACAUUGUCCACAGUAAAACUUGUGGCAAGACUGUUUUAAUGCAAAUAAAUAAGGACUCCACUCUAGAGAAAGCAUUGGUAAGGCAAGACUCGCCAGGGCACGAUGCAGCAUUGUGUAGUGAAGGAAUCUCACCCCGGCAUGAUAGGCCGCUACACUCAGAAAAGGCAGAGCACAUGAUUCCGAAACUAGAUAAACAACCUGCAAUAAAUUGCACUUCAACAGACCAUAGAACUGCAGCUAGCACGGAAACCUAUGGGCGGAGGUCCACUAGUUGUGCAGGGGUGGAAGGAACCCCCUCUGCACUUUCACCAGCAGGACCAGCAGCUUCAUUAAACAGGAGUACUGUGUUUCCUUCUCAGUUAGAAACUGACCCAGUCUUGGUCAUUUCGGAUUUGGACAGCAAACCAACAACCGAAAGUCAGCCAGUGCCGAGCAGCCUUCCCCCCAACUUUGGUUUCAAGGUCCACGCUCACAGUUUCAGUGCAGAGUCUGUUACAGUUGAGUGCGCAAGUGAAAAUGGUUUGCAGCCUCCACGUUUGGAUAGCAUGAAGACUUUGACUCAACUAACUGGGGGAAGUGGUGAAUUGGGAUCUUUGCCAGUGCCUAAAACUGACUGUUCAGAUUCUGCUGGGAGUAAUGUGGCUAGCUUCAAAAGCAUCCUGAAUAACAAAUCCUCCUUCAAGCCAAGCACGCUGAGAGUGGCACACCAACAGCUGCAAAGGACGUACCAAAACUGUCCAGUCUCUAAUUCCACUCUCCAGCUUAAACCUGUAAACAAAAGGAAAGGCAAGAGACCGAGAAUGAAAGUGGUUACAAGUAGCAGCAAUAGUGUUGCUCCUUUUGGUGAAUGUUUGCCUUCAUCCAUAGUCUCAUCCGGGCUGUUGAAAACUGCACCAUUUCGAACAGAACAAAAAAUGCAUAGUGACGAGGCUCAAAUGAUCAGAAACACAGGAUUUUCACCAGUUUUAACUGAAACGAAAAUCGCUAAGCCCCGACUGCCAAAGUUAACAAAGGCUUGCAUUUCACCACCAUUACCCCAGAAAACUGAGAGUGGGAGACAUUUUAUAUCGCUGCAAGCUCAUCAUGAUGAGAGAGUCUCUAAAAAUGGUUCUCAAGACUCCCUGUCAUUAAGUGGUAAUUUAAAUGUUCAUAAAUCAAAAAGAAGCAGAGCCAAACCUGACCCUAUGCCACAACUUGAAGAGCCUCCACAUAGGACUUUAAAGAUUCCUGCUUCCAAAGUAUUUUCUGUGAUGUCAAAGCCGAAGGAAUUUAUUAGGGAGAAAGAACCUCCUAUCCUUCAACCAGAAACUGAAAUUGUAUCCAGUCCAAAUUUUGAGGACUCUCUUCCAGGAAAACGGAGGCGGGGAAGGCCUAAAAAGCAGCUCAUGUCCACCGCCAAAGCUGUAGUGCCAACUGCACUGCUUUCUACACCAUUAACUGUCCCAGAUAGUUUGGAGACUGAAUCAGAGGUUGCACAACACAGAGGGCUUGACACAAGUGAGGUUAAGAAUAAGCCAGUAGAGCACGUGCAGAAAAUGACCUCUGGUGAUGGCGUUGAACUGCGGAGUGAAACAGAUUCCAAAUCUACCAAGAAAGGGAAGAGGCAAUUGAUGAAAACACUUUUAGACAAGAAAUUUAUCAAAAAGAUCAACAAAAUGAAAACAUUGAAAAGGAAAAAGCUCCUGAACCAGAUCCUUUUGAGUGCAAAUGGAUCUAACAAUAAAGGGAAAGUGCAAUCGAAACUCAAUAAUACCGUCUCAACUCUCACUGCCACAUUUGGCUCCAAGUUGGGCCAACAAAUUAAUGUUAGUAAAAAAGGAACUAUUUACAUAGGCAAGAAAAGGGGUCGAAAACCCAAAAUCUCAUUAGAUGGUCCAUUUCUAAGUAGCUCAUUGUCUAUUGAUAAUAAGAUGACAUUGCCAACAUCCACUACAACACUAGGGCAAGUACUGCCAAACUUCACGCAGUCAGCAGUUGCAAACGUUCCUCAUGUCCUGCCUUCACCAACUUAUUCCCAGUCAUCAGGAGUGAGUGGAAGUCAGAGUCCUGUCAGCAGUGAUGCUGGGUUUAUUGAACCAACCCCAGUGCCAAACCUGCAUGGAAGUAAAGGCAAUGUGGUGCAGACACUUGCGAUGCGGAAAGCUUCCAAAGGACGCAGGAAGCUUUCACCUCCAACGUUGCUGCCAAACUCCCCGUCUCAUUUAUGUGAACUGACAUCACUGAAGGAGGCCACCCCUUCACCCAUCAGUGAGUCACAUAGUGAAGAGACCAUUCCAAGUGACAGUGGCAUUGGCACAGACAACAACAGCACAUCAGAUAGAGCUGAGAAGUUCUGUGGACCGAGGAAACGGAGGUAUUCCUUUGAUCAUGUCUCUGUAAUGCCUCCUGAGAGUGCAGCUGUUUUAACUGGGCUGAAAGAGAAACAUAAACACAAAUGCAAACGUAGAACACACGAUUAUCUUAGCUAUGACAAGAUGAAGCGGCAGAAAAGGAAACGGAAGAAGAAGUAUUUGCAGUUGCGGAGCAAAGAAGAUCCCAAUUUUCUCGCUGAACUGGAGGAACUAAUAACCAGCUGGAGUGAAUUGAGAAUAACUCAUAGAAGUCAUCACUAUAUUCCAAGGGACAUCCUUCCUUCUAUCUUCCGAAUCAACUUUGGCAGUUUUUACACCCAUCCACCUUUUCCCUUUGACCCUCUGCACUAUGUCCGAAAGCCCGAACUGAAGAAGAAGAGGGGAAGACCUCCAAAAAUGCGAGAUGCGAUGGCUGAAGUCCCUUUUGUCCAUGGCCUGGGUUUUCCUCUUGCAAAUGGUGGUUUCUUUCCUUCUUAUGGUAUGCCUUACUCUCCAACCCCAGUUUCAGCAGGUCCUCUGGGGUUAGGUUAUUAUGCUCGGUAUCCUCCAACACUAUAUCCACCACCCCCUCCUCCACCCCCCUCCCUGAGCAGUACAAUGCCACCUCCCUCAUAUAUGCAUACUGGUCACUUGCUUCUGAACCCCAACAAGUACCACAAAAAGAAACACAGACUUCUGAGACCAGAGGCUUUCUUAGCUGGCAGUCGGACUUCUCUCCUGUCCAUGGGCACUUAUGCCAGCAUUCCAGCAGAAAUGGCUUACAGUUGGAUGCAUGAACAUAAACAUAAGCAUCGACACAAGCACCGAGAGCAUCGGUCCUCUGAACAGACUGCGCCAUCUGUGGAUGGUUUAACAGUUAAUCCUUCAUUGUUACGACGGUAUACAUACGGGAAGGAAGCCACAUCAGAAAGACAUAAACACAAAGACAAGCACAGGUGCCAUAUGCCAUACUCCCACAUGAGCUCAUCAAAAGGCUUACUAAGUAGAGGGGAUCAGUGGGCCCGCAGGGACUCAACAGAGCAUGGUUCCAUAUCUGUAGGAUUGCAGACUCCUCUCCAAAUAGACUGUACAGAUGGGUCAGUUGGUUCAUGUUCAGAGCGGUACAUGCCCAGUUCAGAAUCAAACGUCAGUGAAGAACAUACGAAUCUGUUUACAAGUGUAAUAGGAAGCUACAAGCCAAGCAAACUGUCUAAUGGUAUGGGGCGUAAGAAGCAGUCUGACAGUCCUGAACUUAAUGUCUCAGAGGAUGGCGUGCCGAACAGGUUAAUAAGGAGGGACAGGCCACCUUCCAGUGAAAGAACUUCUCAGACACCACCAGGUUUGCAACUGUUACAAGAGAAGCAGGCAUCACAGAAACAUCAGGACAGUGUUAAUUGCAGUCCAACCAGAAGGAGAACUCCUGACAGUGCAACUUCAGCAGCUACAGGAUCAGUAUCACGAGGUACAAAGUUAGGAAGUCCAGUGGAGGAAGCUAUUGAAAAUGUAAUUCAGCGUAUAACGCAAGAUGGAUCACAACAAAUGGCUAUAGAGAAGACAAUAGAAGAUGUUAUAGCCAGUGUAACGGUUACUCGGCCUGACAGCCCACUAACUCCCACCUCUGGCAAAAGCUACAGUCAGGAAAGGUGCCAGAAUAAACGGGCAGAAACACCUCCCACUCAAACUACUGUUUGUCCAAAUGAUCUCCUUGAGAAUAGCCAGUUAUCUACAGACAAACAGAAUCUGAAUGCUGGCCAUCGACUGAAGAAGAGCAGAAUAGAAGCUAUUCAAUGCCAGGCGAGGAGAAUGUGCAAUUUUGACAAAAUCUUAGCCACCAAGAAGAACCUGGACCAUGUUAAUAAGAUUCUGAAAGCAAAGAAAUUGCAGAGGCAGUCACGGACUGGGAACAACAUCGUGAAACGCAAGCGAGGCAGACCCAGGAAACAGGAUUUGAGCCUCUCUCAGAUUUGUGCCUCGCUGCCUGCUACAGAAGAUGAAACGCUUCUUCAGGAACCAAGUGAGAGUGCAGAGAAGGACAAGGAGUCUGACACAAUCAUGGAUGUUAUUGAAUCAGUGCUGCAGAGUGUGAACCAGCAGCAGUCUGAGCAUAGGAAGGGUGUGAAACGGAAAAGGCACUUGGAAGAAGACUCUUCCGAGUUAUCUUCAGAAGCAGCUGUCCCAUCGAAGCCUGGAGUGAAGACCACAUCGACAGAUUCCAUAACACCACCUCCGCAGCCAACCAUCCAGAGGGAAAAGAAGGCCCCACGCCCUCCUAAGAAAAAGUACCAGAAAGCAGGGCUGUACUCUGAUGUCUAUAAGGUUCCUGACCCAAAGAGUCGCCUGAUUCUGGUGAAGAAAGAGAAGCUGGAGUAUAUUCCUGGAGAGCAUGACUAUGGGCUCUUCCCAGCUCCAAUCCAUGUUGGCAAGUAUUUGAGGCAGAAGCGGAUAGAUUUUCAAUUACCAUAUGAUAUCCUGUGGCAAUGGAAACACAAUCAGCUCUACAAAAAGCCUGAUGUUCCACUCUAUAAAAAGAUCCGAUCAAAUGUGUUUGUUGAUGUUAAACCUCUCUCUGGGUGUGAGCCCACAACUUGCAACUGUAAGAGGCCAGUAGACCCUACGGAGAAAAGCUGUAUGGAAGACUGCCUGAACAGGAUGAUCUUUGCAGAGUGUGCCCCAAACACCUGUCCCUGUGAUGAGCAUUGCUGUAACCAGAGGAUCCAGAGGCAUGAGUGGGUGCAGUGCCUGGAGAGGUUUCGAGCAGAAGGCAAAGGCUGGGGCAUUCGCACCAAGGAAGCUCUGAAAGCUGGGCAGUUCAUCAUCGAAUAUCUGGGGGAGGUGGUCAGUGAGCAAGAGUUCAGGAACCGGAUGAUAGAACAGUACCAGAACCACAAUGAUCAUUACUGCUUGAACCUGGACAGUGGAAUGGUGAUCGACAGUUACCGCAUGGGGAAUGAGGCUCGUUUUAUCAAUCACAGCUGCAGUCCUAACUGUGAAAUGCAAAAAUGGUCAGUUAAUGGUGUUUACAGGAUUGGACUGUUUGCAUUGAAAGAUGUAAUGGCUGGGACUGAACUGACGUAUGACUACAACUUCCACGCAUUCAACCUGGAGAAGCAGCAAAUUUGUAAAUGUGGGGCUGAGAAAUGUCGUGGCAUCAUCGGAGGUCGAAGCCAGAGAGUGAAUGGAUUGCUGAACAAAAAUGGCCAGCAGGUGAAUGGACAGAAGAAACUGGGCAGAUUGAAGGAGAAGAGGAAAUCCAAGCACAGAUUAAAGAAAAGGAGGGGGCAUGUAUCAGAGGAGCCGAGUGAAAAUGUUAACAAUCCUGCCAAGCUGAGCCAACCUCACCAGAUGAAGCCCAUGUCCAACAGGGAGAGGAAUUUUGUGCUGAAGCACCAUGUAUUUCUUGUCCGAAACUGGGAGAAGAUGCGGCAGAAACAGGAGGAGGCAAAGCAGGAAAACGACAACAGUCAGUCUGUUUCACUGUACACUCGCUGGAAUGGAAUUUGCCGAGACGAUGGCAACAUCAAAUCUGAUGUUUUCAUGACCCAGUUUUCAGCACUCCAGACAUCUCGUUCGGUCAGAACCCGGAGGCUAGCCGCAGCAGAAGAGAACAUCGAGGUGGCUCGCACCGCCCGCCUAGCUCAGAUCUUCAAAGAAAUCUCCGACACAAUCAUAUCCUACAAAGAUUCAUCAGAACAAGCACUGGCCACACCCCUCCUGAAUCUACCUUCAAGAAAAAAAAAGUCUGAUUAUUACGAGAAGAUAACAGAUCCAAUUGAUCUCACAAGUAUCGAGAAACAGAUCCUCACGGGCCAUUAUAAGACAGUAGAAGCCUUUGAUGCAGACAUGCUGAAAGUCUUCAGGAAUGCUGAGAAAUAUUAUGGCAGGAAGUCUUCCAUUGGCAGAGAUGUUUGUCGCUUGAGGAAGGUCUACUACAAUGCUCGACACGAAGCCUCCGCUCAGAUCGACGAGAUCAUUGGAGAAACGGCCAGUGAGGCAGACAGCAGUGAGACGUCCAUUGGUGAGAAAGAGAAUGGGAAUGAGAAAGAUGAUGAUGUGAUUCGUUGCAUCUGUGGGCUGUACAAGGACGAGGGGCUGAUGAUUCAGUGUGAGAAGUGCAUGGUGUGGCAGCAUUGUGACUGCAUGCGUGUAACUGCAGAUGUUGAGCACUACCUGUGUGAGCAGUGUGAUCCUCGACCUGUGGAGAGGGAAGUCCCCAUGAUCCCACAGCCACAUUAUGCCCAGCCCGGCUGCGUGUACUACAUCUGCCUUCUGCGGGAUGACCUGCUGCUUCGACACGGUGACUGUGUCUAUCUGAUGAGAGACAAUCGGCGAGGGCCUGAAGGUCAGCCUGUCCGACAGUCCUACAGGCUGCUUUCCCAUAUCAACCGCGAUAAGCUUGAUAUCUUCCGUAUCGAAAAGCUCUGGAAGAAUGAAAAAGGGGAGCGAUUUGCCUUUGGUCAUCAUUAUUUCCGACCCCAUGAGACCCAUCACUCCCCUUCGAGACGGUUUUACCAUAACGAGUUAUUCAGGGUGCCUCUGUAUGAGAUUAUCCCUCUGGAGGCAGUGGUUGGAACCUGCUGUGUAUUGGACCUCUACACAUACUGUAAGGGGAGGCCAAAGGGUGUGAAAGACCAGGAUGUUUACAUCUGCGACUAUCGCCUGGAUAAAUCUGCACAUCUCUUCUAUAAGAUCCACCGGAACCGCUACCCCGUCUGCACAAAAUCAUAUGCAUUCGAUCACUUUCCGAAGAAACUGACACCCAAAAGAGAUUUCUCUCCUCACUAUGUACCAGAAAAUUACAAGAGGAAUGGAGGCCGACUUUGCUGCACUCCCACCUACCAAACAGCCUUAACAAAGAUAUCCUCAUGGAAAACAGAGAGAACGAAAGUGCACUGCAAGGAGGUGGUUCAGGAGGAUGACCUUCCACCCCCCAUCAUCGAGGAUAUGUCAACUGCCCAAGAGCAGCCAGCUGCUGAGAUGCCACACCUGGAGGAGCAGGAGAGCGAGAGCAGCAGUAACACUCUGAAAGUGGAUUGUAACCCAGAAGAGAAGCAGAGAUUGCAGAGAGAGAACCUCAACAAAAUCCUCCUAAACCUGUUAGCCAAGAUUCCAGGAAAAAAUGCUAUCGAUGUAACCUACUUGUUGGAAGAAGGGUCGGGGAGACGGCUGCGUAGGCGCACACUAAUGUUAACUGAGAGCAGCUUCAGGAAGUGAUGCACAACCUCAGAAGGGAGCGUUUCCUGUGUUGGGAAUCAUUGGCUUCUGCCCUGUCCUAUUGCGUCCUGACAGUGAGAGAGUCGAGGGAUGGGGCCCCCUCACCCACCACCCCACACAACCCUUCUGUCGUGUCUUCCCCACCUCCCCCUGACCUGACCCACCCCAACCACCACCCCACCCCACCCCCCGAGCGCUCUGAUUAAACUAUUGAAUAGGACAGGAGAGCGAAGAAGAAACUGACAAAUUGAAACGAGUUAGCACUUGGAUACAGUGGGCCGGCCAGCACUCCUGCUGUUGACCUGCUGAGUGCCCUUGCUGUAUGCACACGCGCGCAUGUGUGUACGGUGUUCCUCGCAUUAAUGUCGGGGGGCUCAGUCAAUUCCGUGCUCCCAUGGCCCGAGGCGGCCUAUAAACUUUAUUUCGGGGGAGGUGAGGCACUAUUGCAUUGCCAAACCACCAUCCAUGAAGUGGGUGGAGUUGGUGUCUGAACGAAAUGUUAAUAAUACACAAGCGUCAAGAGAUCUUUUUUUUUAAAAAAACAAAAGGACUGAACUCCAUUUCUGUUCCUGUUCUUUGAUUGUAUGUGUGAAUUCACCAGUGUGAUUGUCAUACGGUUUGUCCAGAGUGUGUAUAUAUGUAUAUGGAGAAAGAGAAGAUAGCUGAGAAACAAGGGGGUGGGGUAGGGACGUUUACAAUCCAAGCCUAGUGUUUGCACUCACUCUGAGCAAUUAAAGGCACCCAGUAUGCUGGCCCAGUAACCUACUAUGGUACAUGCUUGGAUCAAGUCCUGCCCACCCUACCUUCAGCAAAAAAAAAGCAAUUAAUAAGCAGAAGGCAUAAAAAUAGGAGGCAAAACAUGAAAUGAAAAAGAGACACGAGUGGAUUGGAAGACUGAUGAAUAGCACUUAAAGCGUCUUUGUGGUUGGGUCAGGGAGUGGAGGGAGGCUUGUUUGGGUGGAAUGGAAUCUUUGGUUUUUGCUUUUUCAAAGUCUGAUGAGGACUUGUGGAGAUGCCAUUGUUGUUGUCCCAAGCCAUGUGUCUGGUGUGCUCCAUAAAGCAGAUAAAUCAUGUGUGAUCUGUCAAAAAUAAUCCCAUCCCACCCCCACUCCUCCCCAGGUUCGCACACACACACACACACAGAGGGUCCAUUGCUGGGACUGAUGGCGGCAUUGUACACCACGCAGGUUACACCUAGAUUAAAAGUGACUACACUUGAGGACUGUAAGAGCUAGCCGUAAGUUGUGCUUCCUGUACUCUUGGUAAAAGAGAAGGAUAUGAAAGAACUGGGCACCAAAGAGUUAAUUUUGUUAUCAAAACGAGUGAUCUGUGGAUGAAGUGUCUCAUUCCCACUAAGGUCGGUGAAGUUAAUAUUUCACCUGAGGGAUUUGCUCCCAACUAAGACCCCACUAUGUCAAAGAGCCUGGUGUUCUUCAAAUAUGCGAUUUGGGGAUUUCUCCUUCUCUAGAAUUUGUUGAGCGACUUUAGAACAAGGCGAGUGUUCAGCCCAUCAGUCCUUUUCCUUUCAUAAGUCAUGUGUGACUUCCCCCUUCGAGUCAGUUCCUCCCCAAAGCCUUUCUUUAAUGACCUAAGCAUUGAGUGGGUUGUUCUAAGCUGUUCCUGCCACCUUUAACAUCAGACAUGAAUGGGUCCCAAACUCUGAUGUGAAACUGGGACUGAUGAUUCUAGGUGUAAUUAGGCGUACAGUUCCUUUUUUAAAAAAAACCCCACAAACAAUGAAGUAGUUACAACUUGAGACAUAAGAACUGCUGCUGUUUCCUCAUGUUCCUGUACCUUUUACUUCGUUAUUACUUCUUUCCAACCUGGGCUGAGCUGGAGUUUGUGUUUUAUAGCCAUAGUACAGUGCAGCACAGCAGGAAGUCAUCUUUGCCCAUUGAAUCAACUCCGGGCUGUUCGUCGUCGGCUGGAAUAUCAAUUUGGUUCGUUCCAGUUGCCUCCGUUUUUCCCUGUUUCAGUUUGUUUUUCUCUCCUUUUGAAAUAUUUAACUUCUGUUUGAAUCUGUAUCUCACACCCUAUCAGGCAGUGCAUUCCAAAAUUAAAUGAACCAUUGUGUCAGAAUUUUCUUUGUCAUCUCUGGUUCUUCUUCACCAACAACAACCGCCCCCCUCAGCCCCUUCCUUCAGUAAGAGCCACAGUCCAAAUCAUGAAUAAUUGUCUGCUCUGUGACUGGCUCUGAUCUUGUUAUAUGUUAUGAAAAUAGUGUACUAGUUUUCCCCUCCCUCUCCCACUCCAAUCCCCUGUUUUAAAUGUCCUGCAGUUAACAAUUCACACCUCAUACCACCAGAAUCUCAUCACAUUUACUGGUUGAAAAUCAAUCUGACCACAUCAUGUUAAAAAAAGGCAUGACUUGUGACCCCUACUCCCUGAUGACAUUCAUUAGGUUGAGUCUGACCGUACCCAAACCCUUAUCUGUCCUGCCUUGGCCAGAAAGCAUAAGGCAGAAUCCUUGUGCCUUUUGCUUCGUAUCUUCCCUCGGAAAAGCUGGAAACUCUCCUGGCCGUGCACACGCUCAGUGAUAUGACCUGCUCCAGUACUUGCCUCGUUAGAUGGAAGUUUACCAGAGUGUCAGACAGGUGCAAAAUCAUUGAUCUCUGUAAGGACACUGGGUCAGGAGGUCUCUUACAGGAAGAACAUUGUGGCUCACAUAUAUUUGGGUCACUUACUGUCCUGACCAAAGAAGGGUCUGCAAGCAGUGGUGUCAGGAGGAUGUGGGGAAAGAGACUGAGUGUUGAUUGCCAGGUUUACCACCCAUGUAGGGGGCCAAGUUAAAAUACGUUUGAACUGAGGUUUUGGUGUGUGAACAAAUCAGGGAGUCGCAGAUACCAAGGUUCUUCACUCGUGUUCAGUAUUAACCAACAACGUGCAACACCAGUAACACCAAAGUCAUGGCCAAGUGGAGCCAGUGUGAAAUCUUCUCUUUUCUUUAAAAAAAACAACAUAAGUAGGCAGGAGAAUACAAAGGAAAGCCACUACAGAAAUGAAAAGCAGUAUUCAAAAUGAAAAAGUAUUUGUUGUGAAGUAGAAAACAUUCGCGUAGAAGUAAUAAUAAAGACACUACGUCUGUGUUCUGUUUGAACUGUACAGUGUAGUACCUUCCCCGCCCACUUUAACUAAAAAAAAUCAAAAAAGGAAAAAAAAAAGCUUUGCUUUGUCCGUAUGUAAGCUUAUGCAGUCCCACUCCCGACAUCCUUUAAAAUAAGUUUAAAAAAAAACAAAUUAUGAUGUGCCAAUGUGUACAUAUCAGUUGUGUGGUUGUCAGCAAUACUGUCGUCACAUGUUCCUUCACAUGGACCAAUUCUGUCCUAAUGUACAAACACAUUGCAUCAAUCUCAGUGGAACAUGUUCCAUCCCAUUCCCCUUUUGUGUCUCAAAAGAAGAAAACCCUUUGAGAUCGUAUUUUAUUAAAAAAAUCGAAAAAUGAGAAAGAUUGUUUUGACUAUUUUCUUACUGCAAAGCAACACUGUACAGUAGCAGACGAUUGAGUAUGAGAUACUCGAUUCAUCAUUGAUAGGAGUUUUGACAGGUCUGUAAUAUUUUCAUUUGUCUCCUAUAGACAUUUCACUCUUGGUAAUAGUGUCAAACACUAAGAAAAAUACAAAAAAAAGUUUAUAUAUGUAGAAGGCACACUAUGUCUGUCAUUUUCUCUUUCUUUGCCGAAAGAUUAAAAUCAUGUUUUAGACAAUCAGUGGUUAGUUAAUGCCAUUUUUUUCCUCCUCUCUUUCCUUCCCUUUUCCUGCACCUCCCUUCUCCUCCUCCCCCCCCCUCCUUACUGGCAUAGAAAGUGAUGACAGUUUUUUUUUAAUGUUUUUUUGGGUUACUUUUUAAAAAAAAAUACAAAAACAAAGUCACGGAAUCGCUGUUUAAAAGCACUACAUUAUUGCAAAAUAGAUAUAACUAUAGUCUGCAUGGGUGUAGGCAGUGUGAUUGUUUGCUGGAAAAAUGCUGCUAAUAUAUUUACUUUUUACAGAAGCAUAUCUAAUAGAUAAUUGUUUUGACUUUAAUCUUUGUAAAUUAUGUAUUACGAAUUUUAACGUUGGAUGUCAUUGCAUAAAGACGCUUGUAUCUCAACUUGAGAAAGUCUAGUAUUAAAUGG